CCUAUACAUAUCAACUGAAAUGUCAGUGUUGUCAUUAGCAUUACAUCCAUACAGGAUUCAGUGGAAGAAUGUCACUGAAGUCACCAUGUUUACAUUGCUGGGCUUCACAGAUGAUGUUGAGCUGCAAGUCUGUCUCUUUUUACUAUUUCUUGCCAUCUAUAUUUUUACUUUGGUGGGAAAUUUGGGACUGGUUUUAUUAGUCAUGGCAGAUUCCCGACUCCACAACCCCAUGUACUAUUUUCUGAGUGUGUUAUCUUUCUUGGAUGCCUGCUAUUCUUCAGUUGUUACCCCAAAAACGUCGGUCAAUUUCCUGGCAGAGAAUAAAGCCAUUUCAUUCCUUGGAUGUGGAACACAGAUGCUACUCAUUGUCACUUUUGGGACCACAGAAUGCUUUCUCUGGGCAGCAAUGGCAUAUGAUCGCUAUGUAGCAAUCUACAAUCCACUUCGGUAUUCAGUUAACAUGUCACUCAGGGUCUAUGUGGCACUUAUCACUGCUUCAUAUGUUGGUGGUAUUUCGCAUGCUACUUUACAUACAGUAGCAACUUUUAGCCUCUCCUGUGCAUCCAAUGAAAUUAGACAUGUCUUUUGUGAUAUCCCUCCACUCCUUGCUAUCUCCUGCUCUGACACUCAUAUCAACUAGCUUCUGCUCUUCUACUUUGCGGCUUCUAUUGCGAUAUUCACCAUCCUGAUUGUCCUGAUCUCUUAUGGCUUCAUUUUCUUGGCCAUUCUGAGGAUGCACUCUUCUGAAGGGGGGCAAAAAGUCUUUUCCGCUUGUGGUUCUCACCAAACCGGCAUGUCAAUUUAUCAUGGGACAAUCCUCUUCAUGUAUAUGAGACCGAGUUCCAGCUACGAUUUGGAGCAUGACGUGAUAGUGUCUGUAUUCUACACUAUUGUGAUUCCCAUGCUGAAUCCCGUCAUCUACAGUUUGAGAAACAAAGAUGUAAAAGAAGCAAUGAAAAAAUUGUUUGGGAAAUUGGUUUGUAAAUAA